GGCAUUAGUUAACAUAGAGCCUUGCCACACUGAGACGUGACGCCGUGUUGUGAUUGUUUCGUUGGAAGUUUUCUCUUGGCUACAAGGAGAAAAUGUCGGAUCACGAAGGGGAGGAGAAACACAAAGAUUCACAUGACGGCGAGGACAAACAUGAGACAGACGCCGAGAAAAAGAGAAAAGAAUAUUUCAAGGAGGAGCUGCGUCGAUUGCAGAAAAACCUCAAAGAAGAAAAAGAAAAGAUCAAGCCGCCACCAAUCAAGGAACACUCCCCAUUUAUUUUCAACACGUUAGGGCCAUACUGCGGUACAUCCGCAGCCAGCUACUUAAUAAAUGGGCCUGAAGACACGAAACUGGUUUCCCGUUCUUACGCGACCAGGGCGACAGCUAUCGGACUGUGUGACCCCUGGACUGCCCUCGCUAUGGACCAAAAGCCCAGUCCUAGGGUGGAACCACCAGAGAUUAAAUCGCUGGACGAGCUUUCGGCAUCAAGAAAAAAAGAAGAUAAAGAUCGUCCAAAGAAAGAGGGCAGCACCCGUCUGCCUAAGUUUCCUGCUGUGGAGGUGGACGCCAAGGACAUGAGGGAUAGAAAACUGCUAUACAGUGACGUCGCUACUUUGAGACAGGAGAUAAAAGAUAAAUAUACGACAAGUGCGCAGAAGCGAGUUAACGAAGAAUAUAACAGAACUAAACAGGACUUUUUCCGUAUGGAACUGGACAAAAUGGAAGAAAUCCACCCAAACAGUCGACCCAUCAUGCGAUCGGCUUAUUUUGCUUAUUUACAAAAUACUCCGGGGGCCAAGAAAGCUGUAAAGGAAUGUAUCAAGGAAAUGGAUGCGAAAAUGACAGGAUCUUCGCAACAGAGCACGCCGCGGGAGGAAAAAGAAGAAGAGAGGUCAGAGGUCAGGGACGAGCAAGAAGAGCCAAGGGAAACGCCUCAUCCUCAACCGGAAGAGCCUGCGACGGCCGUGGAGGCUUCCGAAUAAUUUGACUAAUUGAAUUUUCUAAUAUACUAUCUCAUUUAGCAUAAUAGCAGGACCACAUGGCCAAAUGUGCAGGAGAAAUAUCGUUAAAAUAUAAUAAUUUUACUGGCGUAUUUAAUUACGUUACACCUGAGAAUAGAUCAGAGUUCACGCAAUUGGGAAUUAAGAAAGAAGAUAGAGUUAUUUCUGAUUGAUAUAUUUUUUUCUUUAUCUUUUUCAUGAUUGCAUUCAGACUUGCGUCUGUGACAUUUAUAUUGAUUAGUCAAGGAUGAAAAAACUGAUCUUUAACGCAAGUGUGAAAAUCAUGACAAGUCAAUUGAAACCUUAUUAAACAGCUACUUUACAAUAAUUUUUUCAGCAGCUAUCAACCGGUUUUCUUCAGCGCAAGCGACGCAGCCGUCUUCUCUAGAUUAAAAAAAUCUGUAUAAAUGGUAUUUAAAUCGAACGGAUAUCAUCUAAUCAAGAUCGUUUUUUAAUUGUGGGCUAUUUCCAAGUACAUUAUUUUCAUGGGUGCUGAAACCCACAAAUGUAUAUAUAUAUUAGUCGCACGCAUAAAACGGUUGAACACAGUUCUUGGGGGUAAAGAUGUCAAAUAUUAGAUUGUGAUACUGAAUGAGGUUGAGAGUUCUACGCAAUUAAACGUUUGCCGAAUAAUUACAGUUGUUAAUUGUCUUGCUGUUUCAAGGGUUAAUCGUUCAGCGGACACCAGGGUGUGAGGUUUAAUCAAAUAAAAUAUUAACAAAGAAUUGAAA